CCUCCAACAAUAGAAGAGUCCGGAAUAAGUACCCUAGUUUCACUAAAACCCUAAAAUCAAUCUUCUUCAUCAGCCGCAUUUGCAGUGCGUGUUUGAAUCAGAUUUUGCAAAGAUGAAGUACAAUUCAAGAGUUUCCUCCUCCCGCCGGAAAAGCCGAAAGGCCCAUUUCACGGCCCCCUCAAGCGUCCGCCGAGUGUUAAUGAGCGCACCCUUAUCCUCCGAAUUACGCACCAAGUACAAUGUAAGAUCUAUGCCGGUAAGAAAAGACGACGAGGUUCAAGUAGUACGAGGAACAUACAAGGGGCGUGAGGGUAAAGUUGUCCAAGUUUAUCGCAAGAAAUGGGUGAUUCACAUUGAGCGUAUAACACGUGAGAAAGUUAAUGGAUCCACUGUUAAUGUUGGUAUUCACCCAUCUAAGACUGUUAUUACUAAACUCAGGCUUGAUAAGGACCGUAAAUCUUUGAUUGAUCGUAAGGCUAAGGGACGUGCUGCUGCUGAUAAAGACAAGGGUACUAAGUUCACUACUGAGGAUAUUAUGCAGACCGUUGAUUAAAUUUUGCAGCUGUUUGUUUCUGUUACAGAGUUCUGUUGGGCAGCUGAACGAGAGGUUUUAUUACUAAUUUAGUACGUUUUUGUUAUUAGGAUUUUUGGGAUCUUUAAUUCUGUUGACAUUUUUGGUUUUGUCGUAAUUGCAUUCUGGUGAAAGUUGGUAAUCUUGGGUUGAUUAAUAUCUUUCAUUAAACUUUUUA